GCUGCGUUCCUUAUCGAAACCCCUCGAGCAUGGAAGUAACUGCUUAAAUUCGGCAUUGCUAGGCUUUCAUAGGAAAGUAGUAUUUGCUAGUUGCUAACCAGCAGUUUAUAUCCCGUGGUCCCUUUCCAAAAACGGAUCGUCUCGUGGUUUGAAGGAUGAAAGAUCUAUCGUUUUCCCUCUUAACCCUUUGCUUCCUGUGAUCUGCAAACAAUCGAGCAGAAGAUGAUGCGCCAAGUGACAACCGGUGACUUCUGUAUGAGUAGCAGGCCGUCAUGCCUUGCAGAUGAUGGCCAUCACCCCACCAGCCACUUUGACCUGUGCACCUCUCAGUCUAACAAGUUCUACCCCCCUCCCCCUCCACCAUCACUCCAGAUGACACUGGCCCCGAUGCCCUUAACCACCCACAGCCCCCACAAGUCCAUGGCCUGUCAGAGACAGGAAAGUCUGGGGGGUGAUCCUUGCCAGCAAGGAAACUUACCAGUGGUCAAAACUCCCAGUCAGCCGCCAGUGGCGGACUCCAAGAAGAAAAAGGCUGGGAAGUCAGGGAGACGUGGGAGGCCUGCGGGAACCACUAAGCUAGCCGGGUACCGCACCAGCACGGGCCGACCCCUUGGUACCACCAGGGCUGCUGGGUUCAAGACCAGCCCAGGGAGGCCACUGGGUACCACUAAGGCGGCGGGGUACAAAGUCAGCCCUGGCAGGCCCCCGGGCAGCAUUAAAAGCCUCUCCCGCCUCAACAAACUUGCCUAUGGCACCUGCAGCGGAGCGGCUUUCCCCUAUCCAAUACCUCAUAAAGAGAUUCUCUGUGAAUCCACCUGCAAAGAGAAGGCAGCUAAUGAAUAAUGUCUGUACUUCAUUCUCUUCUUAGUUGGCCCUCAUCAGCGUAUUGGGACCCACGUGUUUUUGAAGUGGCCAGCAGUUACUGAGCGUGCUU